AUGCCCAAACAUACCGUAAUCGGGCAAGAUCUAGUUCCAAUGAAGGUUUGGUUUAUGGUUGGCGGAAACAUCAUGUCGCCACCCCCCACGUGGGAUUGCUUGGUCGCUAUGACAGAAGAGCGCAACAAGACAAGGCAGGCCAUCAAAGAUGACGUGUUGGAAUUUCGAGCGGAAACAAUGCAGGCGAAAGAGAAGCUCGAAUGUGCAAAAAAGUUGUACAAAGAGACGAACAAAGGAGGCAUAGCCGCCUGGAAACAACGAAAGCGUGACUCAUGCCUGAACAAGACCGGAGACGACAGAUGUGGUGGUAAAGAUCGACGAAAUAAGCCGGUCGGUAGUCGGACAACAGAACCAUGGGCAAGCAGUUAG